AUGGAGGCUAGAUUUGAUGAACUAUCCGAAAGGGUGAGAAACACGGAGGCGAGUCAGGCGGAGAUACUGAGAAGGUUGGAUGCACUGAUAAACAUCAGAACGGCAGGACAAUUUAACACCGAAGGAACGGGUUCAACGGGAACCAACGGUGGUACUGGGGGGAAUAUCUUAAAUGCACAAGAAAGGAAGUUGGAGAUUCCUGUUUUUUCCGGAGAAGAUGUCUUCGGAUGGCUGAAUAAGGUGGAGCGAUACUUCCGAGUAAACGGAUUAACUGAUGAGGAGAAGUUACCAGCGGUAUUAUUGGUGAUGGAAGGAGAAGCUUUAAAUUGGUUCCAGUGGUGGGAAAUUAAUUCCCCCAACGCAAACUGGGCAAGUUUCAGGACAGACGUCUUAAGCCGAUUUCAACCGGAGAUGGAGGAUAAUCCUUAUCGUGCUCUGUUCACGCUGAAACAAGUUGGGAGCGUGGCUGAAUACAUGGUAGCUUUUGAGAAAAUAGUAAGUCACUUGAGGUUCGAAGAUGAAGAAGUGCUUCGAGGGGCGUGGCUCAACGGCUUAGCUGAUAGUCUUCGAGAAGAGUUGCUCAUGCAUCCCAUGAACAGACUCUCUGAGAUGAUGAAGCUCGCCACGAAGAUAGAACGGAGAAACCAGGCGUGGGUUGCUAAGGGAAUUGGACGAGUGGGCUUGAGUAAUGGAAUUGGGGCUAGUAGAUGGGCCCAAACCACCAGGAGCGGAUCGGGUUAUGGAUCGACCCGUUUUUCCAAUUCGGGUCAGCCCAACUUAAGCGGCCCAAGGACACCUGUGAUAGAAGCCUCUACACACUCUGCCACUACGAAAGCAAACUCCAAUACGCAAAGCUUUCACCACGGAAGCCCUACCCAGAUGGAAAGCCAAGCAAGCUUAGGCGGGCGGAGUUUUGGCCGGCGAUUACCCCAGGCGGUGAUGCAAGAGAGAUCGCGGUUAGGUCUCUGUUUCAAGUGUGAGGAGCGAUGGAAUCCAACCCAUCGAUGCAAGGUGCGACAGCUACAGGUGCUCAUCGUAGACGAAGAAGGAGAUGAAGGGAACGAGUUAGAAGGGGGAGCUGAGGUCAUAAUCGCGGCAGAACAGCAGGAAGGAGAGGAGGCUCUCCAAAUAUCCAUGCACAGUCUUUUGGGGCUAUCCUCAAACCAAACAUUGAAGCUGUGGGGAACGGUUGGGGGCGAAUCAGUGGUGACCUUGAUUGAUUGUGGGGCUUCGCACAACUUCGUCAGCAAAAGCGUGGCGGAUAGGUUGGGGCUGAAGGUUGAUAAUACACCCCGAUUUUGGGUUGAGGUUGGCGACGGUCAUAGGGUGUCUUGCCAAGGUGUGUGUAGACAGUUACCCUUGGAGUUACAGGGACAUCAGAUUCGACAAGAUCUACAUCUGUUUGAAUUGGGAGGAGCGGAUGUGGUAUUAGGGUUGGAAUGGCUAACGGGUCUGGGAGAAAUCAAGGCUAACUUCAAAGAUAUGACCUUGAAAUUUGAACAAGGAGGUAAGGAGGUGUUACUCCGAGGGGAUCCCUCUCUGUCUAGGGCUGUGGCAUCUAUGAAGUCUAUAGUGAAGGCAUUAUAUGAUGGAGGCGAUGGAUUUCUCGUGGAACAGAGGCCCUAUCAGAACAAUGAAGAAGCAGUGACUUGGCCAGAGUUGAAUGAGUUGCUGGAAGAAUUCGCGGAUCUUUUUCGUGAACCCAAGGGACUACCUCCAGAGAGAACGCAGGACCAUGCAAUCACACUGAAACCAGGUAGCCAAGUACCUAACAAUCGUCCAUACAGGGCAUUAAACAAGUACAUUGUGCCCGAUAAAUUUCCUAUGCCUGUGAUUGAAGAGUUACUGGAUGAGUUAGGAGGGGCUAAGAUUUUUUCCAAGCUUGACUUAAAAUCUGGGUUUAACCAGAUUAGGAUGAGGGAGGAGGAUAUCCCUAAAACAGCUUUUAGGACCCAUGAGGGUCAUUAUGAGUAUUUGGUGAUGCCGUUUGGUCUCACCAAUGCUCCAUCAACCUUCCAGGCUCUCAUGAAUGAAGUGCUACGGCCAUUCCUUAGGAAAUUUUCUUUGGUAUUUUUUGAUGAUAUCUUGAUAUAUAGUCAGGAUGAACAGGAGCAUAUAAUACAUCUUGCGAAGGUGCUGGAGGCACUUAGACAGCACCAGCUGGUGGCGAAUAAAAAAAAAUGUGUGUUUGGACAGCGGCAGGUGGAGUACCUGGGCCAUAUAAUUACAAGAGAAGGAGUUAUGGCUGACCCCCGGAAAGUAGAAGCUAUGGAAAAGUGGAAGUUUGUAAAGGAUUAUGGGAAGUUUGUAAAGGAUUAUGGGAAGAUUGCAAGACCAUUGACUGAGUUGUUGAAAAAAGAUAAUUUCAAGUGGGGCCCAGAUGCACAAGAAGCCUUUGACAGAUUAAAAAAGGCAAUGAUUUCAGUUCCAGUGUUAGCUUUACCUAAUUUUCACAAGCAAUUUAUGGUUGUAACAGAUGCCUUUGGUAAGGGAAUAUGGGCUGUCUUGAUGCAAGAAAAUAGACCAGUUGCAUUCCUAAGCCAAGGUUUUUCUCAGAGAGCUAUGAGCAAAUCUGUCUAUGAAAAAGAGUUGAUGGCAAUUGUUUUUUCCAUCCAAAAAUGGAGACAUUAUUUAAUGGGUAGUCACUUUGUGGUGAAAACUGACCAGAAGAGUUUAAAGUUCCUCAAUGAUCAAAAGAAUUUAAAUGCAGAACAGCAGAAGUGGGCCUCCAAGUUGCUGGGUUACGAUUUUGAAAUUCAAUACCAGCCGGGGAAGGAGAACAAGGUGGCGGAUGCCCUUUCCAGGCAAAUGCAAUUUUCUGCUAUCUCACAGGUUGGUUUGGCACAUUUCAAUGAUCUGGAUGAUGAAAUAAGGGCUGACCCAGUAAUGCGCACUAUACUGCAAGAUCUCCUACUCGAUCCUGUUUCACAUAAUGGGUUUGCUUUGUGUGGAGGGAGGCUACUGUAUCAGAACAGAUUGGUCCUUCCAAAACAGUCCCAUUUAAUUCCUUUGAUACUUCGGGAAUUUCAUGAUUCACAGGUGGGAGGACACUCAGGAGCUUUCAGGACUUACAAACGCAUUGCUGGAGUGGUGUACUGGCAGGGAAUGAUGAAGGAGAUUAAGGAUCAUGUGGCUGCUUGUCAUUUAUGCCAACAACACAAAAUUCAGAAUCUAUCACCUGCGGGGUUGUUGCAGCCUUUGCCCUUACCUACACAAGUGUGGGCUGAUGUGUCAAUGGAUUUCAUUGGUGGCCUACCCAAGGCGUUUGGGGUGGACACUAUAUUUGUAGUAGUUGACAGAAUGACCAAGUAUGCUCACUUCACGGCUGUCUGUCACCCUUAUUCAGCUAAAGACAUUGCAUCAGUCUUUAUUCGUGAAGUAGUACGGUUACAUGGGUUCCCUAAAACCAUUGUGUCUGAUCGUGACAGGAUCUUUCUUAGCACAUUUUGGUCUGAGUUGUUUAAAAUGGUUGGCUCCAAGUUACAAUACUCCACUGCAUAUCACCCCCAAUCUAAUGGGCAAACGGAAGUGGUCAAUCGUUGCUUAGAGUCAUAUCUAAGGUGUUUUUGUAGCCCAAAACCGAAACAAUGGCCCAAGUGGUUGCCUUGGGAUGAAUAUUGGUUCAACACUACAUACAAGGAUUCAACCGGCAUGACACCAUUCAAGGCCUUAUAUGGUUGUGAGCCACCUACUCUGUUCAGGGACAGCAACCAGAAUUGUGUGGUUGAAGAUGUUUCAACAAUGUUGCAAGAAAGGGAUGUGGUUCUAAAGGAGUCGCAUGACCACUUGGUGAUAGCCCAAAAUCGUAUGCGGGUUCAAGCCAAUAAGCAGAGGAGGGAAUUGGUUUUUGAAGUGGGUGACAUGGUAUAUUUAAAACUCCAACCUUAUAGGUUAAAGACAUUGGCACACAAGAUUAAUGAAAAGUUGAGUCCGCGGUUUUAUGGCCCUUACAAAAUUGUUGCUCGAGUUGGCGAAGUGGCUUACAAGCUAGAUCUUCCUCUUGAUUGCAAAGUACAUCCAGUGUUCCAUGUUUCUUUAUUGAAAAAAGCUAUCUCACCUGCAACAGUGACCCAGCCUUUACCAGCUAUUAUAUCUGCUGAAUGGGAAUUACAAUAUGAGCCAGAGGACGUUUUACAGUGGAGGAAGGUGUACAAAAGAAGGCAGAAACAACAUGAAGGGAUCCUGAAUGAUGAGAAUGAUGAGUCAGCAACAUUGAGCACAUUUAGUGGGAAGGCUGCUGACGUGGAUAGUGGGGUGCGUCAGGGAAACUUACAAAAGCAUGUGAAAGUAGAUAACACCAGCGACCAGGAUUUUAAAAUAGAGAUGGGGAACGAAUCAUAUGCAAUGAAAGGAGGAGAGGGUCCUCACAGCUAUGCUCAAAACUCCAACUUUCAGAGAGAUAUGAUUGAGGUUCGUAAAAAGUUGAUACGGGAGACAAUAGCCAAAUGCUUUGAUCCCAGAGCCUAUGCUGAACACACAAGCUCAAUUUGUAUAGCAGAUAUGGGUUGCUCUACAGGACCAAAUACAUUUCUUGCAAUACAAAUUAUAAUAGACGCAAUAGAGCACCAAUUCCAAUCACAUGGUCUUGCUGUUCAAAGUUUAGAACUCCAAGUUUUCUUUAAUGACCAAGUCACAAAUGACUUCAACACGCUCUUCAAAAAUCUUCCACCGAAUAGGAAGUAUUUUGCAGCUGGUGUGCCUGGCUCUUUUCGUGGACGCUUAUUUCCAAAAGAAACACUUCAUUUGGUCCAUUCUUCUUCAUCUUUAUGCUGGCUCUCUACAGUGCCCAAAGAAAUUACAGACAGAACUUCUAGUGCAUGGAACAAAGGGAGGAUUCAUUGUACAAAUGCUCCCAAGGAGAUUGCAGAUGCCUAUGCAACCCAAUAUAAAUUGGACUUGGAAAAUUUCCUCCAUGCUAGAGAACAAGAACUUGUGGAAAAUGGACUAAUGAUACUUCAAAUUCCUGUAACAUCAGACGUGGUUCUUGAUUCAGAAGUAGACCCUAAUAGAGUUUUUGAACUUUUGGGAUCUUGCCUGGUGGACAUGAGCAAAGGGGGACUGAUUAGUGAAGAAAAAGUGGACUCUUUCAAUCUGCCUCUCAUUUACUCACCUGUUAAGAGUGUGAAGGCAAUUCUAGAGACAAAUGGUAGUUUCAGUAUGGAGUGGAUAGAAACAUUGGAUAUUAAAGAUAUUUUUGCAAUCCCAAGUGCACAUAUUUUUGUUGCCAUGUACAGAGCAGGGCUGGAAGAGUUAAUUGAGAAGCAUUUUGGUGGAGGAAUUAUUGAUGAGCUUUUUGAUCGCUGCACUGAGAAAGUUAAGGAAUUUCCAGAUAUCAUGAAUUCAAAGAAGCUAAAAUUAGUCAUGUUGUAUGCUCUUCUCAAGCGCAAAUUAAUAAAAGUCAUAACUAUUUUCAUUGAUUUGUUUGUUAGUUUAAAAUGAAAAAACCUUUAAAAUCUCAUAAUGAUUUGCCUGUGUUUUAUAUAUUAA